UUGGGCGGAUGGUGCGUACAGCAGUGCCAUCUCGGCGUUGCUGGGUUUGAGCAUGAUGCUCAAACCGUGUGCAGUGCGCCUCCGUCUACACCGGAGCGCGUAGGUUGCCGUCAACACUCCGCGCAUGUAACUGUUGUAAAAACAAAGAAAACAACAACAGGCACUGCAGAUCCGGCAUGAAGACCAACUACGAAAAGCUUGCAACACAAGUUCAUCACCAGGGAUCGCCAACGAGGCAAAACGCUCAGCACAGCCUCCCGGAGGUGGGUGGAGGUGGCGCCUCCGACUCUGAAAACGACUCGGAGGCACUGCCUUUGGCCCAAGGAACAGCUGAGGGGAUGCGCACUGAGGAGGCCUGCCAGCUGCCCUUUGAAGUGGUGGCCGAGCGGCUCGGCACAGACCUCCGCCGGGGCCUGUCCUGGCAUGAGGCCCACCGCCGCCUCCUCACCGUUGGGGCCAAUGAGUUUGAGGUGCGCCAGGAAGAGCCACUAUGUAAGAAGUACCUAGACCAGUUCAAGAAUCCUCUCAUUGUGCUCCUUUUGGCAUCUGCUGUGGUCAGUGUCUGCAUGCAGCAAUUUGAUGAUGCGUUCAGCAUUACUGCUGCUAUCAUUAUUGUGGUGACAGUUGCUUUUGUUCAGGAAUAUCGUUCAGAAAAGUCACUUGAAGAGCUGAAUAAAUUAGUGCCCCCAGCCUGCCAUUGCCUAAGAGGGGGCCAAGCUGAAACAUUUCUUGCAAAGAAUCUCGUGCCUGGUGAUAUUGUUAUUCUUAAUGUAGGAGAUCGCGUGCCUGCCGACAUCAGACUAUUCAGUGCUGUCGACCUAAUGAUUGAUGAGAGCAGUUUCACAGGUGAAACUGAACCAGCUGCCAAGGUGACUGCACCACUGGAGAAAGCAGGCAAUGGUAUUGCCUCCAAGCGCAACCUGGCCUUUAUGGGGACACUUGUUCGUUACGGCAAUGGCAGGGGCAUUGUGAUAAACACAGGAGAAAAAUCUGAGUUUGGGGACAUAUUCAAGAUGAUGCAAGCGGAAGAGGCGCCGAAAACACCUCUGCAAAGGAGUAUGGACAGCUUAGGCAAACAGCUCUCAUUAUAUUCAUUUGGUAUUAUUGGUCUUAUCAUGCUUCUGGGCUGGAUUCAAGGCAGGCCCCUGCUUGAAAUGUUCAACAUUGGUGUCAGCCUUGCUGUGGCAGCUAUCCCAGAAGGUCUCCCUAUUGUGGUCACCGUCACCCUUGCUCUUGGAGUGAUGCGCAUGGCAAAGCGUAAAGCCAUCAUCAAGAAAUUGCCAACUGUGGAAACUUUAGGUUGUGUUAACGUUGUGUGCUCCGACAAGACAGGAACUUUGACAAAAAAUGAAAUGACUGUUUGCUCCAUCAUGACAUCAGAGCUUUACCAUGCUGAGGUUACAGGUGUUGGCUACAAUGCAGAGGGUCAUGUGAUCCUCACUGAGCCUGGGGAGAGAGAUGUCCAGAUGGAUUCAAUGAGGUUACUACUUGAGUGUGGCUCCAUCUGCAAUAAUGCUGAUAUUUUGGGGAGUGAGCUCAGAGGGCAGCCAACAGAAGGGGCCUUAUUGGCAGCUGCUCACAAGAUGGGAAUUUACGACGUGCGAAACCAUUAUGUCCGGCUUCAAGAGAUCCCUUUCAGCUCCGAACAUAAAAUGAUGGCAGUGAAGGUCAUCCCUAAGUUUGGAGGGGAACAGGAGCAAUACUUUGUGAAGGGUGCACUUGAAAAAAUUUUGGCGCAUUGUACCCACUACAGUCAUCACGGUAUGCAGUUGCCAAUUACAACUGAACGCACAGCUCAAUAUAUCAAGGAGGCUCAGUUCAUGGGUCGCAAGGGUCUCAGAGUUCUCUCUCUGGCAAGUGGUACAAACCUGAACCAACUCAAGUUUCUGGGUCUAGUGGGCAUUCUGGACCCUCCCAGGCCAGGAGUGCGUGACUCCAUUGAGACACUCCAUAGCAGUGGAGUCAAUGUCAAGAUGCUUACCGGCGACUCUGAAGAAACUGCCUGUACUGUUGCGGCUCGUCUUGGUCUCCAUGCUGUGGGCAAUGUUGUGCUUUCUGGCGAUCAGCUGGAUGCAAUGACUGACAGUGAACUGCAGAGGAUCAUUGGGUCUGUGUCAGUGUUUUACAGGACAGGACCAGGACAUAAGCUUCGAAUUGUAAAGGCUCUGCAGCGGAACAAUUACAUUGUAGGCAUGACUGGUGAUGGUGUUAAUGAUGGAGUUGCUUUGAAGAAAGCUGACAUCGGUAUUGCCAUGGGUAAAAAUGGCACAGAUGUUUGUAAGGAAGCAGCUGACAUGAUUCUUGUUGACGACGACUUCUUCACAAUCAUGGCAGCAAUUGAAGAAGGAAAAGGAAUAUUUUACAACAUCAGGAAUUUUGUUACAUUCCAGCUGAGCACGAGCAUUGCAGCUCUUUCUCUAAUUGCAUUGUCCACACUAAUGAAGAUUCCCAAUCCUCUGAAUGCAAUGCAAAUUCUUUGGAUAAACAUCAUCAUGGAUGGACCACCAGCACAAAGUCUCGGUGUUGAGCCUGUGGACCAUGAUGUGUUGAAGCAACCGCCACGCAACACCAAGCAGCCUAUGAUCACAAGAGAUCUAAUAUUCAAUGUGGUCCUGUCCUCGCUCAUCAUCAUUCUUGGAACCUUGUUUAUCUUCCGAAAAGAGAUGAGUGACCAAAUCGUGACACCAAGGGACACCACUAUGACAUUUACUUGUUUUGUCUUCUUUGACAUGUUCAAUGCCUUGAGCUGCAGAUCACAGACAAAGUCUGCAUUCACCAUUGGGCUCUUCAGCAACCGUAUGUUCCUUCUCGCGGUGGCCUUUUCUGUAAUAGGGCAGAUGUUGGUCAUCUACUUCCCACCACUGCAGAGGGUCUUUCAAACUGAAGCUCUAACUGCAUUAGAUAUCUGCCUUCUUGUUGGAGUAUCAUCAACAGUUUUUAUUGUAUCAGAGCUGAAGAAGUUCUUUGAAAGAAGCAUAUCGAGAAGGGUGCGGAAAAAGCAGUUUUUUGGCUCAGAUUUUGUUUAAAGUACUGGGCCUUGACUGGUCUUUCUAUAAGUCGAUAUUAGUCAAUGCAGUCCCUGGAUCUUUGAAUGCCUUUAUAUUUUUUUUAUGAAUUUUAAGUUGGCUGGCAGUUCUUAUUUUAGAAGUGGCCUUUUUUUUACUUGUGUCUAUCAUUGCAGUGUCAAUGCACAAGUUCAUUCAAACUAGACAGGAAAAGUUGCUAAGUGAUGCAGCUCAUUCAUCAUGAACUAUGUAAAUAGUUUUUUGUAAAUAACUGCAAUAGGGCAAGAUCAUGUGAAGAGCUGGGGAACUUUGCCUGAUGACGUACGGUUUACACAUUAAAGACUAGCCAAUGGUUGUGGCAUCAUUAUGAACAGGAAAUAUGCAAAAUUCUUCUUCCCCUGCCCCCUUUAUUUGACAAAGGUCCUCAAUAUAUUCCUUUAUCCCCCCUCCCUUCCCAUUUGUUUUAUUUCUUUCUGUAAUUUACUUACAUAGUUGUGUCAGCGAUAAGUAUAUUCAGACAUCUGCAACGUCUCAGUCAUGCACAUUCUUGGCUAUUUUAGCGUAGCGCAGCGAUAUUAGUGCCUUGCAAAUUACAUCGUAGAGAACCAGCAGAAUUUUGUCCUUUCAGUCUCUGCAUAUUUCUAAAGUGAAAAGUGUAAUGUUUGUUUUUCAUUUUUUUCUUUAUAUGUUAAGAGCACAUCUAAUUUAUUAAAGUAUCAUAAUUCACUGGCUCCUUGACAAAACUGCAAUAUAACAUUCAUGCCUAAAAUAAUAGCUAGUUGGAUCGGAAAGGAAGAAUAUGAUGUUCUUUUGUUUGGCCAUAAUUUUGCUUUUUCCAUGGAGACUUCAUUCUUGUAUUUUACACUCAAACCUCAUUAUAACAAAGUCGCAUCUGACACGAAAAUAAGUUCCUUAUAUCCGAAAAUUCGUUAUAAGUGUACAUUUGUGACACAGUAUAUAUGAAAAGACUAUUCUUCAUUUACUUCGUUAUAACCGAUAAUUCGUUAUAUCCGUCUUCGUUAUAUCGAGGUUUGAGUGUAUGUACCCUUGUGUCACAUCUGUAGACCGGAACUAGCCAUGUUGAUAAGGCUUAUCUUCACAUUUAGAUUUUAAGGCUACAGCAAGCUCUCACUUCUGUUGUUGACGCUUUUGAGUGUCAUGCCCAAGUGUGCCGUAGAACAUUUCCAUGCAGAUCCCUGCCUACUCUCUGCCCAUCCUAGCUGUGUUCAAGCUCGGAGAAAAAUUACACAUGGUUGCACAACGAAGUAGAGCAAGAUAAUGGGACACAGUAAAGAUGGCAGACACGGCACAGAGUCUACUACAUCCCAUUGUUGCAUUGUUUGUUCUGCUUUGUUAUGCACCAACCAGUCCACUGAAGUACCCUCCUGGUUCCACAACACUUGCAGGAGUUCCUAAAGUAACCAUUCUAGAGGUUUCAUAUUUCAAGGACAAAUGCAGACUAUCAACACUGCAGCUGUGGUUAAACUGUUCCAUUAUGGCACAUCAAUACUAUUUUUAAUGUAAAGUUUGAAGCAUAAGCAUAUCCACAAGUGUUCUUAAAUUAGCUUGAACUGAGAGCGCAACAAAUCACACACACAAAGACAGUGAUGGACACAAGAGCUCUGUUUCUCAAGAGUGCUGUGGUGUGGCUCUUUGUCUCUGUGUACAUGAUUGCUUGCACCCUUAGUUUCAGCAGUGCAGUACCAACAAGCCCAGAAGACAGUUUGUGUUGUAGCUAUUCAAGGCAAACCAGUAUGUUUCAUCCGAGUAUGAAUCAUAGGAAAUAUUUUUGUUGUAUAUGUCAUAGGUGAAUUUGUAGGUACUAUACUCAAUAGGUAGGCAUUGUGUCCCAGUAAUAUUAGACCAGCUUACAGGGACACUAAAGAGCAAAACGAUUUUUCUCAUGUUAGUAAAGUACUCUUUCACGAUACCAAAAACACCACGCUUGCUGCGAGAAGGUGCUUAGUAAGCGAGAAAAUGUGCAAAAACAAAAUGUCGGUGGCGACGCCACCUUGAAGUUUUCGCACCAUUCGCCGGUCAGUCAUAUGUUUUGACGGCGCAUACUAGGGAUUAUGUAGUUCCUAAUCGGUAAAAAUGAAGUACAUUGUCCUCUGAGGGGGCCAUAGACUUAACAUACCAAGUUUGGGGAAUUUUGUUGAGCCAAUGGCGCCAAAAUACAAUAAAUACACUGAAAUCGGUGACGUAACGCGGAGAGAAUUUUUAAAUUUCACGCCGAAAUCUCCCCGCGUGACAUCACCAAUUUUGGCACAAAAUUUAAAACUUUAGCUUUGAACUUGAUUAAUAAACCUAUGAUGGCGAAAUUAACGACAUUAGAGUUCUCAGAGCACAAUUUAUCGAUCUAAACAGAUUCAUUGUUUCUCUUUAGUGUCCCUUUAAGGAAACAAACACACCAAAAAUAUACAGCUACGAGACUUAUACAGUAUUUGGUCAUCUGCCCCCUUCAAACAAGCCCCACAAUUUUUGUGUACUAAUUACUCAUCUAAUCAGAAAAUUUAUAGAAAUUAUGCAAAUUGCUUAACAUUAACUCUGGUGCUCUGGAUGUGUCACUAGGUCACCAGUAUAUUUCCUGAAGCAUAGCUGUGCACAGGAGAAACAAAGCAUGGGAGACUGGGAUGAGCUGCUUUAAAAACACAACAUAAAAUAUGCGCCCCGACAUUGGUGAAAUGUUCUUCACACGCAGCUUUUGGCAGGUUGUGAUAAAGUAGAAUUGAAGAAUCAUGUACAUAUUAUCACGCUCCUACAGGAACUAUAUUUUUCUAACCAUUCAGCAGUAGACGUUAGGAUGUUACCAUAUAUCUGAUGAAGUCUGUAUGCAUGAUUUUUAAAUUUAAAAACUGGGUUCACCAAAAUCUAAUAACUGUUAAUAUUUCAGGUAUCCCAUUAGUACAUGUAUGACAGUGCAAUAGAAAUAGCAUCAAUUCAAGCUUGAAAUGUUUUGCAUCCUCAUUGCACGCAACAAAAUUUAAUGCAGGUAGCGUAGUUAAAGGGCCCCUCACCAAGUCUGACCAUUUUCAGCUGGGGAGCGCAAUGCAUACCCUGGGCAUUCACGAUCACGUCUGCCAAAAUUUGCAACGCUACGCGCCGCGGAAACAGGUCAAAUUUCAAGCUGAACGCCGCUUUCCCUUCGUCUCGUGGGUGCGCCCAAAGAAAGAAGGGAUGACGUACUACUAGGAAUGGCGCUACGUAGAUGUCAGUGCUCUGACGUUGCUCCUCUACGUAGACAUCUGUGCUCUGACGUCGCCCACAGUAGCACGUGACACUGCAAUAAUUACUUUACGCGACAUGUGUAGCUUGUGUAAUUUGUUGCUUGAAUAGAUUAAUGAAAUUUGAGAGAUAUAAUGACACACAAACGGAAUGUGUGCAUGUUUUUCUUUUUUUUUUUCUUUUUUACUGGAAAUCGCAACGAGAUACGGGACUAAUCUGCCUCCAUUUCGCACGCAUUUCUGUUCUCUUGGUGUGCGCGUCGAGCAGACGCCAGCCCUGACAAUGAAACUGUGUAAUCUUCUACCCCAUUCCAGCGCUUAUUAGAUUCAUUUAUCCUCCUGCAUCUACCUAAAUGUUCAUGCAGCACUGGCUCUUCAUACCGCUAGUCUCGUGCCCAUACAAAUGUCGUAGCUUUCAUGCCCAUCCCACCGAAACAGGCAGUACACCACAGAGAACGCCAACACAACGCCCACGGCCGCUACAUAAAAAAAAAAAGGUAGCGGCCGUGCAACGCUGCUCGCGUGUUCGGGCUGGCUGGGGCACGUCAUGCACACGUGAUCAUGCAUGCGCAUGACGUGUUCAUGCGUAUGCAUCAUGUGAUCCUUCGGCUCCGAUGCAUCAUGGUUUUGUGCCGCUACAAAUUAUUGUUUUUCUCAGCUCGUAAUGAACAGAUUUGAAAAAAUUCUUGUGGCAUAAUGCUCUUCAUUCGGCACACAACUUCCAGCGUCUAACUAAAAUUUGGUAUGUGGCCUGGUGAGGGGCCCUUUAAGGAAGUUAGGUUAUAUUUACUGUAAAAGAACUUGUUGUUGGGCUAGUUGGUACAUCAUUUUUAUAUUUACUAUCCAUCAGUUUCCUUUAACGCUUAAAUUGACAUUGUAGCCUCAAUGAGCAUUGUGCUAACAAUGUGUGGAGGGCAUAUUUUUUCUCUUUCCCUUUCUCUGCACUAUUAAUUGUCGUAAGUGCCUUAAACAAAGUAUUCAUUAAAAAUAAUUCUUGUGCUCACCUAUGCUUCUAUACAAAACAAGCAAGAACCCAGGGUUGUGGAGUUUAGUUCACUCAGGACCUCAUGAAAAUGUUUUUAAUAUGAAUAAAUGUACUGUCCAAUAUCUUCUACAACAAUUUAACGUAACUUGAAAUUAUUGAGACCAACUUUCUGUGUCCUGUUUUGGCCCACUAAAGGAAGUUAGCCUUAUAGGCUUUAAACAACACUAAAAAUGCCCAUUGAAUUUGGUUAGACUGAUAACUUUUUGCACAUGGUUGAUAUAGAAUAACUUCACACAGUAGGAUCAAAAAUGUAACAGUCUUAAAUAUUUGCCCGUAAUGUGUGUUUAAAACCUCUGAGAUACACUUCUUGUUUUUUCCUGAAAAAUAUAUGGUGGUGGCUAACCACAUGAUAAGCAUGUAAUUAGUAAACUAAUGGGUUCUCUUUGAAAUUUACAGGCCUGAAAUCAGUUAACAAAAAAAUACUAAUGUUUGCUUUCUGUUUAUCUGCCAGCUGGGAUGUUCUGAAUUAGAAAGACAUACAGGUGGUUAGGCACACACACACUACAGUGUGCAUUUAUGGAUUAUUUUGUGAAGGGGAACAGAUAGUGGUUUUCUAAUAAAAGGAUGAAUUUGAUGGCAAAAUAUAAUGUUUCUAUGAGUUAUACUGUGCUUAGCACCGUUAUUGCUAUAGAUAUGUCAGAAACUGAAAUGUCGAUCAAGCAAAUACAGUGGACAUGGAGUGGGGCCUGUGGCCUUUCAAUAGCUAGUGACAAUAGCAACGUUACACAACUAUUGGAAGAGGGAUAAAGCUUUCUUUCAAUUUGCACCAAGUUUCUAAAGACAGCAUUUCAAAUACUCAAAUAAAAGUGCCAUAAAAGAUCUGGCCUAGAUGUCAAUGCUGCCAAUCAGUCAAAGGUAACGUUAUCAAAGAACUUGUACAAGUUAUGCUGUGAGAAAUCUCGUCAUAUUUUACAGUAAAUUUUCGAGCUAUUUCUACGUUUCUGAUCUCUUUAGUUGGUUUUCUGCAAUUCGAUUGUCUUCUGUAUAGUAAGAUAUGUCUAUACUGCACGGUUUAUCAUAUUAUGAUACAUGCCAACUUUAGCUGAAAAUUUUAGCUGUGGAUUUAUUUAGAAAAGUAAGCUUUCUUUGCACAUAUCUGGCUUUUAAAAGCUGGGCUGAUUUUUUUUUUUUUUUUUUUUUUUCCGCUAGGAUGUAUAAAGAUGACAAUAAGGGGUCACCUGGCACUCUCGGCACUUUUAGGGAAUAUUAUUUGAACAUCCCAUGCAUCAAACUCAGUUUUACUCAUGCACAAACUGCGAUGGUGGUGACAUGAUUGCUUUAAUGUUCCAGAUUUUGUGGCCCCUAUAUAUUGCAUAAUGUGAGAGAAUUUCCUCAAUUUCCAUUUUUCUGAUGUGACACUUGUUACAAUGAGCCUUGGUUCUGCCAUUAUUGACUAGGUUCUUGAAUUUAGAACAAGACAAGAGAUGCAGAAACUUUCUUUCUUCUAAUUUAUGAAGAGAUAGUUGCAAGCUGAUUGAGCUGCCUCCUCUGCCAUCAUUUUUUUAAUGCGAAACAUUCUUUGGUUCAUUCCAUGCACUUGGCAGUAGGUAGGUUUUUGUCUUGUGCAAUUUCCAUCAUCUUCAUUCUAAAGAAAGGUUGUCCACUGGUGGGAUUGAACCUUGGUGUGUUCCGCCACAGAAGCUCUAUGCAGAAACCAUUAAUCAUGAUUGCAUCUGCGACAUUGUGUAGAAUGCGCGAAACCAUAUGCAUGUGCUAUUUUCCAUUUAGCUCCACAGUUACGACUUUCUUUUUUCUGUAUCACAUGUGGUAUCAAGAAGCUGCUUAUAAAAGUACUAUGAGCAUACAAGAUGCUCUCAUUGUUUUUUCAUAGCAGACCGCAUUUUUUUAGAUGUGUUUCCAGUGUUAAAGGAAAUCAUCCUUAAUACUAACUACAGGUUCUUUGUAAACAUUAUAGGCCAAGCUUUUCAUUUAAUUCAUGGAAUUCUUUUUUAGGAAUGUUCCUUAGAACGCAUAUUUUUACUGGACACAUUUAUUAUAUGUUGCAGUAUACUUUUAUGUUCCCACUUUACACCACCUUUACAGACAAGCACUUUGACCCUGGCAGAAGUGUAUUGUGUACAGUACUCACGUAUUUAAGCAUCACAUUUUUUUUACUAUAACUACUACUAUGAGCAAUUGCUCAUAACAACGGCGUCAUGUCGCUGCAAAUCUGGCUGCUAAAGGUAAUGUUGGCUUUGAUGUAAGUGUUAAGUCAAAAUUACACCAAUAUGACAUGAAAUGUAGAUACUGGAAACGAAAGUAUGUGCAUUACUUAGCUCUAAACUUUCGCAUUUCCAUCUGUGAGUACUGGACAUGCCACAUUGCCUGUGGUUGUAAAUUCACUGCAUACGUUUCCUAGUGCAGUAUUGUUUCUGUUCUGUUGUCUUUCUAAGAAUAGGUAAUAUUUAACAUCUUCACAAAGUUGACUGCAUCUACUACAACAUGUUGCGAACUUUACUACAGCAAAAGAUGUUCUAUGAGGGAGUAGCUUGGCCUUUCAUUACGAAGUGAAGUUUGUAGUGGUCCUAAAAAAAAUCUUGAAAACAAAUGUUUUUUGAAAAGAAAUGUUGUUUUGCCCUUCUUUACAAAAACGCCAUUUUCUGGACUUUGAAAAGCUUAGUGUUUACAUUUUUUCGUGUGUUUUUUAAAUAACAUUUUGUUCAUAGAACUCUUUGUUCAUCUGGUUGCUUUUCGUGCUUCUACUGUGAUGCGAAAAUCAUGCCUUUGCAUCUCUCAUGCUGCUUGUAGAAUGUUGCUUCUUUGUAUAAAUUCUUUCUCAGACCCUUAGGGAAAUAUCGAACCACUGCAUGCUCUGUCAAGUAUUCAACACAACAUGAACCUCCUAUUAUAGCAAGAUUGGCUAAAUGAUUUGUUCUUGUAGGAUGCAUUCAUUCAUUCUUUAUUCCACACUCAUGGGUAUUACAAAGUGGUGUGUUUGCAAUAGUUGAAACAAAAGGUGAAGAAACACAGACACUUCUUCCGUGAAAGCAGAUGAGCAGGUGAUGGCAGCAAUGUCAUAAGGAAAGCUUUCUUCCAGUCUACAGUUGCAUGAGGGAAAAAAGAUGAAAAUGUGAUAGUGUGCACUUUGCGGCGAGCGGCAUUUAAAAAAUAACUUUUGUGAUGUGAUAUCCAUGCCGGUAAAAAGAUGUAUAGUGAGAGGACGAGGGGACUGUAAAAAAAUCUGUGAAAUAAUGAUAAUCUGGAAAUUCGGCGUCUAUACGAAAAAGAUGGUAAAUCGAAGGCUGCUUUUAAGGAUGAUAUGCUGGUGUCUUAUGAAUCACAAGUUGGUUACACAGCAUGAACAUUUGUAAUCUCAGAGCUAAAUUUUUACAUUCCAGUAAAACAUUUCAUUUUACGAUGGUAAUGUACAGUCGCACUGAAUAUGACUUGCAACACUGGAGCGUGUGGCCUCAUGAGCUCAAAGAUUGUGCAUGGCUUUCACUAGCCUUUAUUUUGUGGGUACUGGGCUUGCUGCGUCCCAUCCGCAGUCAAAGCAAGGAAGACGGAGGCUUCAACUCGCAACAAACAACAACAACAAUUUAUUUAACUCUACGCUGCAUACGGCGGGGCCGGUCCAGGCACACGAGACGACGAGGCGACGACCAUGAUCGGCGGCAGCAGCAAUCGGCCAGCGCGGGUGGCCGCAUCCGUCCUUCCUGGCGUCCCAGGCACGUCUCUCCUGGGCAGCGCGCAGGCUGCCCCUUUUAAGCCGCGCAGCUGGGCCACGCGCACUGCCUUUGCGCAGCACGGGGCGCUAUCUCGCGAUAGCCGGUGGGCGUGGUUCCCACAAUUUCCACAACUAAAUGACGUUCUGUCACUUGGCGAUGAUACCCAAUAACAAAAUCUCAUUUAGUUGUGGAAAUAAGGGCAACUUCAAGCCAUGCACAGUCUUUGAGCUCGUGAGGCCACGCGCUGCCGUGUUGCAAGUCAUAUUGAGCGUGACAGUAUGUGCUAAGCUUUGUGUUUUAUACAAGUAGCACAAAUAUUGCUGCUGAACAUAAUUUAGCUUUGAUAGUACUUUUUGUAUCUGCACUGUACACAAUAGGGUUCCUUGCUAGUAACAUUUUUAGCAUUCAAACAAACAAGUAUUUGCUUUUGGGCUUGCCCUUUGCUGUCACUUCUUCCUUCCUCUAUGUAUUUAGCUUUUUUUUUUUUUACGGUUUUCAUAUCCUUACCUAGCCACAUUAUACAAAAAGUGCACUGUUUUUAAGCCAUUUGUAGUGACCAUGGGAGUUCAGAGCUAAAACAUUUGCUCCAACAAAGUGAGAGCUUGCUGUUUAGGUAUAGAGCAACAGAGCCUAUUCAAGGUGGCUAGUAAAGAGUAUUAUAUUAUGUAUAUUUGUCUAUACUUUUAAAUGAGAACUGUCAUUACUGGGUUCUUGCCAUUUUUUGGUGAUAUGUAGCUAGACAGAUAGCAGCGAGAAAAUUUUCAAUGCUAACCCCUUCAGGCGUGAAUUGUGAUGGACUGUCUAUAAUAUAAUGUGUCAAAAGGACACAACUUUAUCCCAAGUCACUCGAUAUUCUAUUGCAAGAAAGAAUCUGGUAGUGUGUUCAUUUGAACAUUGCUUAGUGAUUUAUCUAAAUUAGAAGGUAAUUUAACGUCUAUUUAAUCUGAAGUCAGUCAUAUUUUAUUUUUACAUAAAAAGAAUCAAAUGUGAAACCUGAAGUACAUGCAUAAUUUAAUAUUGGUUGUAUUCAUUUCGAGCAAAUAAAAAUUGUACUUUUGACAUAGCUGUUGGAACACAGCAUGUUGGGCGACUUGUCUAACAUGGUAGUGCCUUUAGCAAAGCGAUUGUCUGCAGCAAUACGCAGUGCAUUGAAGUUAAGUGAAGACACAUUGAACAUGCAGGAGGUUCAAUUCGUCCAAAGUUCAGUGUCUCUUGCUUUUUCUUGGUGACCAAUCAGCAGAACUAGCAAAAACAAGUUGAGUGCACAAAUAUAGAUGCUUACACCACGUCUAAAGGGGUUAAUUUGGCUGAUCUUAAAUAUGCUAAUAACUUUCGGAUCAACUUUACCGCACAUGUAGUUGUAACAUUCAAGCCAAGGAAUAGUUAAGCCAUGUCUGCUUAGCAAGUAACUAAUGCCACUUUUGUAAUGUUCAUCAAUCUGUUAAAAUAUACCGCUGUUUCAGUCAAGAUCGUUCCAAAGCGUUACAGACACGCCUUUGGAAAACUUAACUGGAAUACCAAUGUAUGCCAUAGCACAUUUUAAAGGGGCCCUGCAACACUUUUUCAGCAUGGUCAGAAAACACUGCCAAUCGGUAUUUGAGGCUCCUGAGAACACGCGAGCCAAACAUUAUAGCACAGCACACCGCCUGGAAUUUACAAUUCAUUCUCAAAGUCGGCUAGAAAUUGUUCUCUCUUCUUUCUACAAAUGAUGCCGUAUAUCCAAAUUCGUGGCCAUUGGUUGAUAUGAGCAUCGUGGGCUGCAUAGUUACUGCGGCCGCCGCGGGAGGUUGCCAUGUGCCCGCGUGUGUGCUUGCAGUCACACGGAAAGUAAGCUGCGCGUUCGAAGAAUGAAAAAAGAAAAAGUGCUCAAGGUCAUGGCGCGCACGUGACGCAACUUCUUUCCCCCGUGCCAUCCCUCCCUGCUUAGCUUCCAGUGCAUUUGUCAGGACGAGAGAAGGGAGAAAGCAAUUACGACAAAUUUCUGUAACUCCACUCAUACUUGAUGGAUUCUAAAAAUUAUUGCGGCGUUCCAUUCGUGAGGCAAUAAAUUCCAUUAGUGAAGCCAUUCGAUGGUUACUUGGAAAAGUGUUGCAGAUUGCCUUUAAGGUUAUAUAUGUCAAAAGUGGCAAUAGUCACACUAAAAGAGACUAUUAUAAUUUUUAGAUGGAUGCUUAUGAAUUCUACUAUCUCUUAGUUGUAGUUGUCGCCUACCGUUCAUAAAUAAUUAAAGUACUUGAGGUAUGUUCUUGUAUAGUUCUUGCAGAUAGCAUUUUCAGACGUUUAACAUUUUACUUCUGUGAUCACUUUUUUUUUUCCAGUCUUAAUUUUGUUGCAGCUUUUAAGAUCUUUCUACAAUAUUCAAACUUUCCCACAUCUGCCCUCUUCAGGCAAAACGCUGUUUUGUCCAACUUCAUGUUCCUUUUGCUUUCUCUGAUUCUUUGUGAUAGCAAAAUGUAUUGCAAGGCUAGUGCAAAAAAAAAAAAAUGGCUUGCACACCUGAAAAACUAGUUUCUCAUAUUGCUCUUGUGUGUGUGUCAUAUUUCCAUUGGAGAAAGUGUUCUUUUUAUCCUAGCAUAGGAAGCAAAUGAAGUGAUAAUGGAAAACAUACCGAAUUCAGCUUUUUUUUUUUUCUUUGCUACACUGCUUUGAUGACACAAUAUAAAAGAGAGAGUGAAAAUAUACAGCUGUGCAUGUCGGGUACAUAUGGCAUAAGCAAAAAGGUUGAGAAAACUAUCAAGUAUAGUAAAAGUAAUUAUUAAUGGUAUUGGAUUGUCACACGUGGCAGUUUCUUUUUAUGCAUGUAAAUAUAAACAUAUACUUUAGUGCCUCCGAUUCUGUGCUCAUGUCAUUGCAUGGCACAUACCGUAGUGUUACUUGUACUUCUAUUAUCUUGUUUGCGCUUUAACCCAUUCCAUGCCAAGGACAAGCUGAGCUCGUAUACGGCACCUUACCUUCUCUUGCACAGCCAUGGACGAGCUGGCUUCAUCUGUGUUGGUGCUUUGCCGUGCUCUAGUAGACGGCAGCACACGUCUCACUAGGCACUGAAAAUAGUAGCAAGAUUGUUUACACAAAGAAAUUAAAAUAGUUGGCAAGAGAUCCACAAUAAAAAAUUGUGGCAUUUUGGCCGCAUUUCGAUAAAGGCAGAAUACUAGGGGCCCGUGUACUUUGAUUUAGGUGCACGUCAAAAUUUCUGGAGCCCUACACUAUGGUGUCGUUCAUAAUCAUGUCAUAGUUUUGGGACGUAAUACCCCAACAGUUAUUUUUGGUCGGAGUUUGUGUGGCAAAGAAGUAAAGUCACAUUGAGCCAGAGUCAAAAUCUUUUUUGCAAAUUUUACAUCAGUAGCAUGCAACAUGUGAAUCUGAAUUUUCUAAAUUCUUAAGGCUACUUGCAGCAUGUUUGUCUUUCUCAGGAGAUAUUCCUUUUUGCCUUACAGUCUCACAAAUAAAAAAAUAUUUCGUACAUCUCAUUAUUGACACACAUGCAGUAAAUUUAUAUGUGCGACUUAAAGCUCAUCUGUUCUUACUAUGCACUUGGUAAUCUGGAAGAGCAGUCUUUUAUGUUGAGAAUCUUGUGUAUAAAAUACCAUUCGCAUAGAAAAAUGAAUAGUAGUAGUAGCAAGUGGUUGUUUAUUUAGAGAACUAUAUAUGCAUGUAUAAAUAAAGGAAAAGGAAAUUUUCCUUUCAUUUUAUUUAUUCAUGCACAUGUAAUCCUCUAAAUUAACAUCCAUGUACUAUAACCACUCUUCACGAUUUCUUACCAUAAUAUGGUCCGGUAUAAAGGUAACCAUGAAAGGGCAAAUGGGUGGUGUUUGUACGAGAGUCUGAAAUUAAAAACAAGAUAAAGGAAGUGUCUAGGCUUUGGGGCCUGGCUUUCUCGCUAGAUAUAAGCAUUACAAAUAGAUAAGCAUGCUGCAUAUAUAGUAUCACGUAGUGACGAUUGUGUCCGAAAAGUAUGAUGCUGAUGUGUGGCUAAAAAAAAGUCGAAUAUGAAAUGCUUCCGAAAUGUAGUGCCUGGAGAGCACGCAAAACUGCCUCUCUGCAGUCUUUCAUGUCAACAUGCCAUGCAGCAAAAAGAAGGUGUAGGAAGAAGAGAAAGUGGUUUUGGGUUGGGGGGAUGUGUUUGUCUGAAAUGUCAAGAGGGCUGUUGGCUACUACACCAGAGAAGGCCAGAGAGAGAGAGAGUGAUGAAAGAAUGCAUAAAAGGUAGGGGGUUUAACCAGAAAUGUCCAGUGUGCUACUCUACACAGGGGGCUAGGAGAAUGGACUACAACAAGAAAGAAAUUGAGAUACAUAAACAGAACACAUGCACAGAAUCACUGCUGUUCAAAGCACAGGACAAUACUUGUCGGUAAAACCAUUCAUGCAGGUUUGUUGUUUGUAAGAAGUGAACAACACAUUCGUAGUUGCAACAGAAAUGUUAGCUAUAGGCAAUGGUCAGGGUAGUGGAAGAGAGAGCCUUUGCGUUGGCAAUACAUUAUCUCUCCACACACUUGUUUUUCGACAUUGUAUUCAUUUGUAUUUCUGCUACUGAUGAACGUUUUAGAAAAUCGUGGUUGAACACUUUCUAGAUCGCACUAUGAAUUUCUCAUACUUUUAAUGUGUAACCAAAAUUUUCUAUCAGAGUUAUGUGCAGAAGCAGUAAACUGCCAUGUGUGCUUAGGCAAACCUCAUUGCCAACACUGAUGUAAUAGCUGCACCAAUUACGCCAAACUGCCAAUAGGUGAAACCUCCUACAUGCUGCUACAUUUUUGUAAAAAUCUCAUAACUUGCGCCGAGCAUACACCAAGAUGUUCUUGCGGAGAAAAAGAAGACUGAACGUGCUUGCAAAUCAUAUUUAAGUUAACACUAAUUUCGAGUGCAUUGGAUCAUAUUGACAAGUGCUAUGUAGUUUAAGUAGUUGCUAGAUGCAACCCUGCCAAGCAAUCCACACUGGCCCUUACUGCGUAAAUGAAGUUUUCUGCUACAACUAGGCCAUACUACAAGAUUACACUAAUAUGUUCGGUAAAAUAGCUUCUCAUUUUUGUGGACCAAGCUAGAGAAAAGUAAUACAUGGUGCAAUUGAAAAAUCAUGGAAGACACUCUAUUUGAUUGAUUCCAUUAAUUACAGUGGGCAGUACAUGUAUGUUCUCGAAUAGACCAUUUAUUUAGAUUUUUCUACAAAAAAUUGUACCACUAUUUGUUGUAAGAUACUUCCAUAAAAGUUCAUGCAGGGGGCUUAAUUGUCAAGUUCAGUCUGACCAUACAAUCGCCAUACUUUAUCAACAAUUUUACACACUGCAAUGGACUGUGGGAUUCUGCUGAGAAAGCAUGGUGCCCCAGCAUCCGGGCAUCUCGGUUCUGUUUCUCGACCGCAGCAACAGUUCGUGUUUGAGAACUUGUCAGAGUUAAAUACAAAGCCUUCUAUUACCGCAUAUUUCAUGGAGCACAAAUUAGACUUCGGACACAAAGGACCAAUUAGUAAAACCUGUAUUUUAUUAACUGUCCAUGAACACGUAUCUUAACGAUUCUCUCCAUAAAGCAUAACCGCAGGCACUUCACCACGCAGUGAAGGCCUAUAGGUUCUGAAAGCACUAACCUCAUCAGAAUAGUAGUUCUGGAUAGUAAACAGAAUACAUGGAAAAUUUACACAGCUUGUGCUUCCAGUACUCUAACAAAAGCAUCAGGGAAAGUCAUAUUCAUUUACAAAUAUGAAUUCCAGGAAAAUGUUGAGUGCCCUGAGGUCACGGGGCUAAAGAAACUUAAGGCUGUCCACAGAAAAAUGAAGAGCAGUAACUUAAUUUCAUCUUUUGCGAUAUACUAAGUAAACAUGCAUUUAUUUGUCCAUAAAUCUGCUAAACAUGUGGUACAACUGUUCCAGCUUAGAGACAAAUAGUCGCGCUUGAAGCUGUAUGCUUGGUAACUACCCCAAAAGGUUGUUACGCUGCUCCAAAGCAAGGUUUUCGCUGCUCCAAAAGCUGCGCCCAAGUGGCUUUGGUCGAUCACACCACUGACCACAUACUUUUACUGUACCCAUUGGUUUACUAUUGCACGGCCAUGCGUCUUCCUUUAUUCUAUUGCGUGGCAUGUCACCGAAGCACACUAAAGUGUACCAAUUAGCCCUGAAUUCUUGAUCAUUUUAAUGCACAUUAAAAGACUGUGUCGUCAACAUUGGUCCGGAAUGCAUCACUACCAUAUCCCUCAUAGCUCGAAUGUUGUUUUUAGAUGUUAAUUAUGAUCAACUAAUCAUUAUCAGAAUGUUUUCUUAUUCUCUGCUUAAACUUAGCUGCCCUUGCUUAAUACCAUCUAUGCACCUUUGUUUCUCUAUUUGUCCCUGCUUCUCUGUCAUUUUUCUGUUUUUUGUAUACAGGAGCUUAUUGUCUCAUUCUUAGUCAAGGCAGCAAAGGUUUGCAGUCUGAUGUGACAAAAAAAAAGUUGUUGCCAUUUUCAUACUUUUGAAGCUAGUACUUCAGAGUAACCACAGGCUGACUCUUAUAGUUCCUUAUCAGGAACAGAUGGCACUUUAAGCUAAGUGUGGCACUACAUUACAGUGCUACCAUGUUUCAUUAAUUAGGGUCAUGUCGAACAUGGGCAUGGAGCAGUAGCAGGUUGUCACAUCACAAAGGUAUGGGGAACACUUUUAUUCAACUGUGACAGCAAUGGAAAGUACACACUUUCACUGUGGCCCUCUUGCAAAUAUGUGCUGUAUCAUUGUGUACUGAUCUAUGGUAGAAAUGGUACACAAAGCGCAAACGUUUGUCCUCUAAGUGUACUUUUUAAUUAUUAUAUUUUGGUUUGUUUAAACAUAUGACUGACCGUGUGUGCCAUAAAUGCUUGCACCAGGAAAAAGAUUGCUGCAUUAUUGCCCAGAUGCUACACAGACUGAUUUACUGUGACAUGUUAUUAAAGUGAAAAUGAAAUGGCACCAAAACAGGACACAGAUAAUGGACACACACCAAGUGCUGUUUUUGUAAUUCUAUUGUCUCUGCCAUGUCUCAUUGUUAUCCAGCUUUGCCUACCACCCGUUCAUAUGAACUCUAUUUUACAAUUCUCUUAUGCUCUGUACAAUAAUUCUUGAAAGGUGUGAUUUUGUUUACAACCAAUAUGUCUGGUUUCCGAGAAUUUAUUUAGAUCUACAUAAUUCAGUGAACUUGCUACACUGCAAUGCUUUACAACACACCUCCACAACCAAAUUUUGUGCCAUCAAAGCACGUGUGAUAGUGCAUCCUUGAUGAUGCUUUUUGAAGGAGCUAUAGCACUGUACAGAAUUUCCAGAAGCUGCUUUUGCAGUGUGAGUUGUGAUUAAGCUACAAAAUGUUGCAAUACAUAUUCACUGCUGAGUGUAGAGCAACAAUCUCCUACACAGAAGCUUUGCCUUGAACUGCUGUGAAGGGACUUUGUAUGUUGUGACCAAACUAAACUCAUCCUGUGCUUGCUUGUUGCUGCCCAAACCUUAUUAUGUUGCAACUGUGCUUGAAGGCUUGCAUUAAAAAUAAAAUACUUAUUUCUAGCA